AUGAGCGACGAGCCAUUCACAGUCUUCGUCUCUGAUGACGUGGCGCCAGCGGACGUUGAGCACUGGCUGUCGUUCGACGGCGCCGUUCUACCUGACCUUCCGCUUUCCACCUACCCGCACUCGCAGGCGCAACCCCUUCCGGACGCACCGUUCAUUCCUCUAGAUCCGUCACUCGCUUUUCUGAUAGGCGACGUUCCUACAGGGGACGUUCCGAUAGUCGACGAUGCUGCUAUACGUGAUUCGCUUUUAGGAGACGCUAACACAGACUAUGUUCAUCGCCCCUCACCCUCCCUUGGCGGCGGUGAUAUAGGAGUGGGUGGACUCAGAGGGCCGUCCGCCGACCCUCCCUCCGCUCCGCCCCCGUGCAAGCUGCCUCGGCGCCCCCCGGACCUCUCCUCCCGCCUCGCCGCCGUGCUGCAAAACAUCAACCCGCCGCGCCCUGCCCUUCCGCGGCUUCCCCUCCCGCGCUUGCCCAAGCCGGGCCUUCCUUCCCCCGCUGCGCCUGCAGCUCCCGUUGCCUCUGCGCCUGUUGCUGCACCUCGGCCUUUCGCCCCGCCGCCGGGAUCCUCCGCAGCAGCCGCAACAAUCCCGCCACCACCAACAACAGCAGCAACAGCAGCUGCAGUCGCAGCAGGAGGCGCAUCAUCAUCAUCAUCAGCAGCAGCAGCAGCAGCGUCCGCCGUGUCUGGCACAAAGGCGCUGGGCGGAUUCACAGGGCUCACAUGCGCUCUGCCUCUCAUGCCCACACCACCGCUCGCCUCUGCUGCUCCUCCCACCAGCAGCGCUGCUGCUUUUGGUUUGGACCAGGGGGCGCGGUGGCCUCCGCACCUGCUGCAGCAAGCCCACGUGGCAGGGGUGGGCCCGGAGAGGCCCCUGCACGUGGACGGGUUGUUGCUAGGCCCCAUGAGUGGCGCGAGGGAGGGCAUGCUGAAGCAGCAGCUCAUGGCCAUGGCUGAAGCCAUGGCCGUUGAUGACUCGGUGCGGUGGCGGCAGUUCAUGCGCCAGUUACGGAGGGAGGCGGCUGCCGGGGGGGACACGCUGCAGCGCAUUGCCUUCCACGCGCUGGAGGCAUUAGAGGCGCGCAUGGAUGGCACCGCACUCGUCCGCAUGCACACCCCCAUGAACGUCACCGUUGAGGUAGUCCCCUCCCCGUCUCUCCCCUUUCCCAUUGGGGCCAUGACUCAAUGGCAGCGUUGGGCCAUGGCGGAGAGCAUGGAGUGCCGGCAUUCAUGCACCUCGCCAACAUUGCAGCCGUGCAUGAAGUCCCAUGCUCCCCAUUCGGCUGCCACCCACCCACACGCUCCACACGCCCCUGUGCCUCCCGCCCAGCCUGCCCCUCCCCCUGUCGCCACCUCUCCCUUUACCGGCCAGUCCGCGCAGCGGCGGCGGCUGCACAUUAUAGCCGUUGGAUUCUACGGCGGGCCACACUGGAUCAACAUCCUCAUGCGCCUCGCCGCCCACUUCUCCACGCCGCCACUCCUCCCCACCACUGCCAAUGACCUUCCGCCAAGUGGCGUCCCGGCGGGGGAAGCAGGGGCGGCACCAGGUGCAGCAGGUGACAACGCGAUCGGUGCUCAGGGCGAAGCAGGGGCGUUUGGAGCAGGUUUAUCUGAGGGAGGCGCAACCGCAGCAGGUGCGUCUGGUGGAGGCAGCAGCAGGUUUACCACCGCUGCUCCCUUCCCCACCUUCGCAUCACCGCUCGUGAAAGUCUCGGCCAUUGAUUUCGGGGUGGUAAAAGUGGAGGAAUUUCCGACAGGCCUGGUGCAUCUGGGGAAGGAGUACCUGGAGCAGGUGGCAUCUAUGCUGGACCUCCCUCUCACCUUCCACGGCAUAGAAACCACCCCCCAGGACUUCCACCCGUCACUAGUGGAGGUCGAACCAGGGGAGGAGAUUGUAGUGCUGGCCAGUUGGGGCCUCAUGGUCUUUCCAGACGACACAGUGCUUCGCUCCAACCCCCGCAACUCCAUCCUCAAGUGGAUCCGCGGGCUACGACCGUUGCUGCUCCUGCAGGUGGAGAACGACAUCGACGCCAACGGGCCCUUCUUCCUCUCUCGCUUCCACGCUUCAUUCAUGAACUUUGCCGCGUUCGUUGAGUCCUUCGACUGCUCCAUGCCGCACGCCGCCACGCCGCGCUUCGUCGCGGAAACCAUCCUCGCGCGGGAUUUUCUAAAUGGGGUGGCAUGCGAGGGCAUGAACCGGUAUGUGCGGUCGGAGCAGCUGGGCAUGUGGGUGCAUCGGAUGAGAGUCGUGGGGCUGGAUCUGGUGCCGAUAGGGCCAGACACAGUGGCUGCUGGGAGGGAGGCCACAGAGGGCAGGGACAAGAGGUUCUGGCUGGAAGUGCAUGCAGAAACCGGCGCCCUGCAGCUCAGCUGGCGUGGCGUGCCGUUGAUCUUUAUAGCCGCCUGGAAAUGA